AUGAUUACUCCAACUCGUAAUUUCUCGUCUCUGUUCGCUCGCCUUUUGCCGGAUCAGAGAAGGAGAAGCCCUUGUUCUUUGAAUUUUCAAAUGGAUUCAUGUAUUGCACAACAUCAAUGGUUUUGGAUUGGAAGUUCAUGGGCUAUGCAAUUCGAAGAGAUACAAUUAUGGAGAUAGACUUUCUUGCCGGUCAUGUAACAAAAGUGGUGCGGCGGCUAUAUACUAUGCAUGGAAUUUGUUGUUAAAGUUUCAAUGAACAAAGUUUGUAUGGGAGUUUUUGUGCAUUAUAAGAACGAGAGUAAUGCAUUUACAUGAGAGGACAAUGCGUUCUCAGAAUCACGGUCCAAAUAGCACUUUUUACCGAACCGGAUCAACUCCUCAUCGGAUCUUCUUCCAAGAAGAUCCUCCGCAGCAUCAUUAUAAUAUAUUCCCAUCUAUCUCUUGAUUCUCUUCUGCAUCACCAAUUCGCCAACAUCUCCAAUUCACCAGAAGACACUGCGGAUCAAUUGGCGUGCAUCGACUCGAUUCGCUAAACCGUUUAAUUGUGUUCGAUCGGAGAAGCGUUAGGAAGCUGCCCAUUUUUCUAUCCCAUGUAUUGAAGGUCCCGGAAUUCCGAUGAGCAUGUCUGGCGCUGGAGAGGUCGUGGGGCAUGUGAAUUUUCCGGCGAUGGCUGAGAAAGACCGGCGCAGUUGCUGCAACCCUGUUAGGAAACCCGGGCCUGUCUCCAUGGACCACGUCUUGUCAGCUCUGGGGGAGAGCAAGGACGAGAGGGAUCUCAGAAUCAGGAGCCUGUUCAGUUUCUUUGAUUCCGACAAUGCUGGGUACUUGGGUUAUACCCAAAUUGAGAAGGGCUUGUCCGCUAUGCAAAUCCCGGCAGACUACAAGUUUGCCAAGGAGCUGCUAAGGGUGGUCGACGCCGACAAGGAUGGGAGGGUGGAUUAUCAGGAGUUCAGGAAAUAUAUGGAUGAUAAGGAGCUAGAGCUGUAUCGAAUCUUCCAAGCCAUUGAUGUAGAGCACAACGGUUGCAUAUUGCCCGAAGAGCUCUGGGAUGCUCUAGUGAAGGCUGGGAUUGAAAUUGAUGAUGAUGAGCUUGCACGAUUUGUGGAGAGAGUUGACAAGGACAAUAAUGGAAUUAUAACUUUUGAAGAAUGGAGGGAUUUUCUACUACUCUACCCGCACGAAGCCACCAUUGAAAACAUUUACAAAUACUUGGAGAGGGUGUGCUUGGUAGAUAUUGGUGAACAAGCUGUGAUUCCGGAAGGAAUCAGCAGGCAUGUCCAUGCGACUAAAUAUUUGCUUGCUGGGGGAGUUGCAGGAGCUGCUUCACGUACAGCAACUGCUCCAUUGGACCGUCUUAAAGUUGCCUUACAAGUUCAGACCACACGUGCUUCCAGCAUAAAUGUAAUAAAAACCAUAUGGAAGGAUAGUGGGGUUUUUGGUUUUUUUCGGGGAAAUGGAUUAAACGUUCUAAAGGUUGCUCCUGAGAGUGCCAUAAAGUUUUAUGCAUAUGAAAUGCUGAAGAAUGCGAUUGUAAGUGCCAAGGGAGGGGAACAGGGCGAUAUAGGAACCUCCGGGAGGCUUGUUGCUGGUGGAAUGGCUGGGGCAGUAGCACAAGCUGCUAUUUAUCCAAUGGAUCUUGUGAAAACCCGGUUACAGACUUUUGCGUGUGAAGGUGGGAAGGCCCCAAACUUGGGACAGUUAUCCAAAGAUAUUUGGCUUCAUGAGGGUCCCCGGGCGUUUUACAGAGGACUUGUGCCCUCUAUUCUUGGGAUGAUUCCAUAUGCAGGUAUUGAUCUGGCUGCGUAUGAGACUUUGAAAGACUUAUCAAGGACAUACAUUCUCCACAAUGAUGAACCUGGUCCUCUCGUGCAACUGGGCUGUGGGACAAUAUCAGGAGCCCUAGGAGCAACAUGUGUUUACCCGUUGCAGGUUAUUAGAACCAGAAUGCAAGCACAACCAAUGCAUGCAAACACUCCAUACAACGGAAUGCGCGAUGUGUUCUUGAGAAUGUUUAGGCAUGAAGGAGUCAGGGGCUUUUACAAAGGACUCUUUCCCAAUCUUCUAAAAGUGGUACCGGCAGCAAGCAUUACAUAUCUUGUUUAUGAAAAAAUGAAAAAGAGCUUAGAUCUUGAGUAGCUGACACACCACUGGAAGCAAAUGAGCCGAGUGGAUGAUGAUGAUGAUGAUGAUGAUGAUGAUGAUGAUGAGAAAUAAGAUUGUUAAUCAAAUUGGUGAUGUCUUUGUUGAAGCCAUACACUUGAUGCUUAUUUAUUUCCAUUUUUUUAUGAAGAUUUUUCUUUCUUCCCUGACCACCGACUACUUAUUCAGUUCGCACCUAAAUUUGUUAAGCUAAGCUAUGGCAAUACACAUCUAUAUAUCAUUGUGUAAUUUUGGUUAACUUGUAAGCACAAUGAAUACACGAGCUGAAA